UAUAAACGAUGCCUCGACUUAGAGGCCCAGGCUUGCAUGCUUGAACCAGCGCUCACACACGCUCGACUACUGGGUUUCAUGUUAAUAUAUGCCCCAAGUGCUCCUGGUCGUGACAAUAUCGUCAGUGAAAUUAUUGGAUGUAAAGAUGUCGAUGCCCUUUCCGGUCUUGGGCUAUCUUACUUCAAUCAUUUCCUGCAUUUGUUCGUUUAUUCCGAAGAAUCCGAAGAAUCCAAAAAUUCGCCUUUCAAGAGAACCGUGAGUACGCGUUGAGACAUGCUCUUCGAAGCAGCCCUAGAAAUCAGUACUCGGUAAACACUCAUGCGAGUGUGCCUCAUCUUAUCAUCAUCUGGCCUGCCUCUCAUUUCAUUCAGGCACUUGCUCGUGAUGUUUAUCGCUGCGUCCUCACUGCGAUUCACAUCAUCCGGCUCUCUACGGACGGAGAUAGAGCCUUUCGCAGGUUUCAACCUUGCUCAAAAACUCAAUGGUGCUGAUUUCCUAUUGCCUUCAAAAUAUAUUGAUUAUGGAAGUGAGCAUGUCGAUGU